CAGAGUGAAUGCAGACAUGAAUGGAGAUGCACAUGCAAAUGUGUCUGAAGUAAUGGGAGAAAGGUGAUGCACCACACAAGCCAUGAGGCAUGCAGUUAGAAGAAUAUACAGGAGUGAACUUGCAAACAGAUCAGCGGUUAUUCAAAGGUUGUAACCAAGGAAGAAAUAUGGUUUCAAGAACAGUUAUUGGGUGCCUUAUUGUGGUAUGUGUCAUGGCAAUGCUAGCUGAAAAGACAGAAGGAUUUAUCAGCUUCUUCACCCCCAGUGAUGUGAGGAAGAUGAUGGAAAAGGAAAGGGUGAAAGGCCUGAAGAAAUCAACUAAUCUGCAGCAAAGAUCAGAAGGCAGUACCCUAUUGGACAUGACGGAGCCUCAAGGAGUAGAAAAAGAGACUAUAAUCAAGUCACAGAUGAGCGCUCCUCUGGAAAUUGGAGUCAGAAUCAAUGCUGAUCAGUUGCAGAGAUACAAAGAUGUUCUAGGAGAAGUACUUCAGGAAAUCCUGUCAGAAAACCCUUAAGAUGAUGAAGGCUGGCUGUGAUCCAACAGAAAGGUGUGACCCAUUUCAAGAUUUCAGGAACUUCUGCUGAACUUCAAUACAAUUUUCUUUUAGUAACUCUGUUGAACAGUAAUUUUUUUCUACUGUAAAAUAAUUCCCAUUUGCUUGCAGCAUUACUUGUAUUGUACUUAAAAUCAUUUUAUCUGAGCAAGUUUAGAUUGUCACUAGUGCAAAACGUCAUUUGGAUAAAGUUAUUGUAUAACCCACCUUGUUUCACUCAUUAUGGAAACUACAGGAAGAAUAUUUGAGUUUUUAAUGGAUGUUUUUUAAACUGUAUUCCACAAAUUUGUGUACUAACCUGGGUUGUUACCCUCCUUGGAACUUCGGUGUAACUUCUGUGCAAAAAUGGCACUGCCAUCUUUAUUUUGUGCAAACAAACACUUAGACAUUGUGUAUACAAUGAAAAAAAGACAAAUAAAAUGUUGACACUAACAAUAAACUGGAAGAUAAUCUAAAUCUAGGUAAAAGGAAAAGGCUUGAUUUCUUUACAAUUUCUUUACACUGCUGAUUUUAUUGAAAUAUUUAUAUUACUCAGCAUGCCAUACAGAAACUCAUGUUUAAUAA